CGAAUGUUUUGAUGAACAGGGGAUUCAGAAAGACAACAGAAAUGGCAAAGACAAAAGUGACAGAGAGCUAAUAGUAAGGAAAUACUUGGAGCUGCCCGCCCGCGCCAAGGCCGGGACACCCGCGGGCCCGUUUUGGGGCGGAGAGCCCUCGUCCGGCGUCCCCCCCGAGGGUGCCAGCCCCGCGGCGGGCGGAGGUCCCCCGGGCCCGGCCGUCCUGGGACGCAGACUCGAGCCCGUGACGUCACGCCCGGGACUGACCGUUGCGGCGAGGCCUCGCGUCCGGUUCCGGCCGGUUGCUCGGGAGACGCGGGUACACAGAGCGGACCGGCUCCGAUCGGAGUCCGAGUGGUCGUGGCGGUCGCCCCUCCGCGGACAAGCCGCGUCGCGGGCGCCAUGAGCCAGAGGCAGGUGCUGCAAGUGUUCGAGCAGUACCAGAAAGCCCGGACCCAGUUCGUGCAGACGGUGGCGGGGCUGGCGACCAGACCCCAGAACAUCGAGACGCUGCAGCACGCAGGUAUAAUCUCUUUGCUGAGGCCUCUUCUUCUGGAUGUGGUCCCAACAAUUCAGCAGACUGCUGCUUUGGCUCUUGGGAGACUGGCUAAUUAUAAUGAUGACCUAGCAGAAGCAGUUGUGAUGGGUGACAUUCUCCCACAGCUUGUUUACUCAUUGGCAGAACAGAAUCGUUUUUACAAGAAAGCAGCUGCCUUUGUGCUACGAGCAGUUGGUAAACAUUCCCCUCAACUAGCUCAGGCAAUAGUUGAUUGUGGAGGACUGGAUGCGCUGGUGAUAUGCCUGGAAGAUUUUGACCCCGGAGUCAAGGAGGCUGCAGCCUGGGCCCUUGGAUAUAUUGCGAGACAUAAUGCAGAACUGUCACAAGCUGUGGUGGAUGCAGGGGCUGUUCCUCUUUUAGUACUCUGUAUCCAGGAGCCAGAAAUUGCCUUGAAAAGAAUUGCUGCUUUGGUGCUCAGUGAUAUUUCAAAGCAUUCUCCGGAGUUAGCACAGACAGUAGUGGAUGCGGGAGCUAUUGCUUAUUUAGCCCAGAUGAUCCUGAACCCUGAUGCUAAAUUGAAGCGCCAGGUCCUUUCAGCUCUCAGUCAGAUUGCAAAACAUUCUGUGGAUCUGGCAGAAAUGGUGGUUGAAACAGAGAUUUUUCCGGUUGUACUUACCUGUCUGAAGGACAAAGAUGAAUACGUGAAGAAAAAUACUUCUACUUUAAUUAGAGAGAUUGCAAAACACACACCCGAGCUUUCACAGCUGAUAGUUAACGCAGGAGGAGUUGCUGCUGUGAUUGACUGCAUUGGGUCCUGCAAGGGGAAUAUAAGACUGCCUGGCAUCAUGUUGCUUGGUUACAUAGCAGCUCAUUCUGAGAACCUGGCAAUGGCAGUGAUCAUUUCCAAGGGUGUGCCCCAGUUGUCAGUCUGCUUGUCAGAAGAACCAGAAGAUCACAUUAAGGCUGCUGCCGCUUGGGCCUUAGGACAGAUUGGGAGACACACUCCAGAGCAUGCCCGGGCUGUUGCAGUCACGAAUUCUCUGCCAGUUCUGCUUUCUUUGUACAUGUCAACGGAAAGUUCUGAAGAUCUUCAAGUAAAAAGUAAAAAAGCCAUGAAGAAUAUCUUACAAAAAUGCACCUACUUACCAGCCCUUGAGCCAUUUCUGUAUGAUGCUCCUCCCAAUAUUCUGAAGCAUGUGGUAGGACAGUUCAGCAAGGUGCUGCCACAUGAUAGCAAAGCUCGGAAACUUUUUGUGACAAGUGGUGGACUUAAAAAAAUUCAAGAGAUAAAAGCCGAACCUGGAUCUCUCCUUCAAGAAUACAUCAACAGUAUUAACAAUUGUUACCCAGAGGAAAUAGUAAGGUACUAUUCCCCUGGAUAUUCAGAUAUACUUCUGCAGAGAGUAGACAGCUAUCAACCACUUACAAACUAAGAAAGAUACUUUUUAUGAAUGAUAGUUAAAGCUCUUUUUAAAUAUUUGAACUAAGAACAUUCCUGAUUUAUUCAAUGUGAAAUACCUUUGGAUAAUAUUUCUAAAUGUAUGUAAUACUUUAAACAUUAGUGGCUUGAAUAUAUGAAGAAGUAUUCAUGGUCAUUUGCAUUGCAUUUGCUCUAAAGGUAGAUUUUAAAAAGACAAUAAAGGGUUUUAAGGCAAAAAAAGAAAUACUUGGAGCUAAAGGACAUGAGUCCUCAAGCUGGAAAGUUCACAGAAGCCUAACAUGAUGGUCCACAGUCAGACUGUGUUGAAACAGCAGGACCAUGGGAUAAACAAGAAAAGCAGAUCACCUGCACAGGAUGGCAUCUGACUGGCAUAAGAUUUGUCAUGCGACAUACUGGACAUAGAAGAUUAUUCACAAUACCUUCCAAGUCCUGCAGGAAUCUGACUUUACAACUGAACAAUUUAAAGUGAAAAGAGAAAACUGAGAAUAACAUCUAUGUGCCCACCACUCAAAAUAAAUACAUUAGCAUUUUUUUCAUUUUUGCUUCAGAAAAUAAGUAAAAAAAUAAAACGCCACUUACUCCAAUGCAACCAUUCUCACAAAUUAGAUGUGUAUCUUCUAGUCUAUGUUUUCACACUUUUACUACCUGUAUAACUAUAAACAAUAGGUAAUGAGAAUGAGAAUCAUGUGUUUGAAAGGUACCUGAACUGAAAUAGUGUAUGUCCUGCAGUCUGCUUGCCACUUUCUCUGUUCUACCUAUAAGCAAUGUAGUUCACUGUCAAGGGCACAUCCAGGUUUAUGGGGCCUGAAACUUAAACAAUUUUAGGGGCCUCUUUGAGAAAAAGAAUAUAGUGCUCACUGUGGCAGUAUAUGUGCUAAGAAAAAUAUUAAAUUAUGAAUAUGAAAUUAUAUCUGACAGUAAAUUUUUAUUUAGAGUGAAAAAAUAAUACAAUUUUAAACUGCAGGGAAUUUUAAGGAAAUGCAAAACUUUUAAUAAUUAACUGUCU